GCCAAAAUCAUUUCUAUGAUCAAAUCCGUUUUUUCCUUAAUAAUAAUUUAAGGUAUUUUUCUGUUCUAGCUAUAGAAGUUGUUAUUUUGUGUUCUGUCUCCUAACAUGGACUCUAGCAACUGUCAUGUUGAAUGCAAAAGGCCAAGCCCUUCUUCUCCUUCACCCAUUACUGAAGAGCCUAAAGAACAGAAGAGGAUAAUAGUAGUGAGUUACCAGGAAUGCCUCAAGAACCAUGCAGCUUCAAUAGGCGGGCAUGCAAUUGAUGGGUGUGGUGAGUUCCUUUCUUCAGAAGAAGAAGGCUCACUUGAGGCUUUCAAGUGCUCAGCCUGCGGUUGCCACAGAAACUUCCACAGAAAGGAGAUCCAAUACUGUUAUUCAAAUUCCUCCUCCAAUACUUUCUUUUAUAGCUCUGAUCAGCAUUAUCUCACCCCAUCGCUUCCAAACUCCUCUCAGAUCACCAACCCCAUCUUUCUGGAUCAUCUUCUAUUAUCUCCCAACAAAACUGGCUCAAAUCUUUCUGAUCAGUCACAUGAUCAUGACAGUAGUAAAGAUCCCGGGGAAGAAGAUCAUAGGAAUCAUUAUAAAGAGGUUGGGAAACCAGAAGAUGAGAAGGUGAUGAUGAAGAAAAGGUUUAGGACUAAGUUCAGUGCAGAACAGAAGGAGAAGAUGGUGAAAUUUGCAGAGAAGGUAGGGUGGAAAACGCAGAAGAUUGAAGAAUCUGUGGUGCAGCAGUUUUGUGAAGAGAUAGGAAUCAAGAGGAGAGUCCUCAGAGUGUGGAUGCACAACAACAAGAAUACUUAUGCAAAAAACUUGUGCUCCACUGGCUAG